UUUGGUUCGCCUCUCGUUGCCUCUGACCCCGCACACCACACGCGACCGCACAUCCUCCUCGCCCUGCUCCGCGCCGCGGCCCAAACCCUAGGACUCUAUACAGUCGCGGGGGGAGGCGCUUACACCCAAAUCCCCUAUAUUUCCUCAGAUUCCCCUGCUAAUCUCCCCUCCCCUCCCUUCCUUCCGGCUGUGCCAUCCUCUGUUCAAAAUUUUCUGAGAUUUUAUUUGGGAAUUUCUUUGGUGUUUUUUGUUGUUUGUUUCAGGAGCGAGCGGCCUCGGAGGAUUUGCGCGGCUGGGCUAGGGUUUUGACGUCAGGUGAAGGGUCAAGGGUGGUCCUUGUCCGUGCCGUUUUGGAAUUUCGGCGCGAGGUUUGUCAGAUACCAUGUCGUCAUUUCCUGUGCUAAAGAACCGACCUAUCGAUCAGUGGAAAGUUACUGAGUUGAAGGAUGAACUCCGAAAGAGGAAGCUCCCUGUUAAAGGUCUGAAAGAAGAACUGGUGAGGCGUCUGUUUGACUCUAUUCAGAGUGAAGCAGAGGACGAAGCCACUGAAGAUGUUGGAGCAGAUGCAGCAAUGGAUAAAGCCACUGAAGUUGUGGGAGCGCAUGCACAAGUUGAUGAAGCUGCUAAAGAUGUGGGAGUGAAUGAACCAGUUAAUCUGGCUUCUGAAAGACACACCAUUAGUCAGACAACAACUACAAUUUCUGUGACAGAAGUUAGAGAGGAAACGGUGGUUCAUGGAACUCAGGAAAUUACAGUUCCUCUUAGAGAGGUUACUCAGGAGGCCUCUCUGGAAGAGGCCCAUGAACAUCCCUCAACUGAAGCCCCAACAGUGCAAGAAGGGCACCCAAAUGCUGAAAGUAAUGCAGUUCUCGGUGCUGAGAAGACUCCAGAGAUUGUCACCAAUGAGACAAUUGUUGUUGAUGACAUGACCAGUGCUGAUUUCAAGUCAGACCUGACCUCUUCUGAAGUCAAGUCAGAUGCUGCUGAAGACAUGGUGCCAGCACCUGUGGAUGCCCAAGUAUCAAAUGCUGAUCCUAUGGAUACUGACAUUGCAGCUGCAUCAAUGAACGAUGAUGGGGAGAAGCUGGUUUCUAAGAAUGAUUUUGGCAACAAUAUUUCAAUCUAUGAUGAAGAGUGCAAAAAUUCUGAGCUCGUGAAUGAGGAUUGCGAGCCUGUCAUAUCAAAAUCAAACAAUCAGGUACCCGAGAUUAGCCCAGAUUUAGGGUCUCCAGUUAAGUGUGAGUCAAUUUCUAGCGAUGAUAUAUCAAAUAACAAAAAGAAUAUAAAGGAUAACUUAAAUGCUAAUAAUUUUGAUUUAGAACUAGAGGUUAAGCCAGAGAUGGUCAAACCAUCAUCCGGCAUUACUUCCUUAGGUGGAGAUUUGGAGCAAUUGGGUGAUGACAAAGAGCUGGUCAAGAACCAGUUGUCUUUGGAAGACAUGGAUACCACUGCUAAUGUGGAAGAAGUUGGUUCUCCAGAAAAACUAAAUUUAGACAGGAGUUCAGGUGAUGAGUCAAUGGAGGAGGAUGUUAUGGAGAUUAAGCAAGUUGACUCCAAUAUUAAAUCUGAUGAUCUCAGAGGAAAGACUGAGAAUGUGAAAGAGGUGGCUCUACCUGAUCCUGUUGUUGAGGGUUCAUCUGUUGAUACAAAUGAAGUUAAAGCUGAGGAAAAGCUAGCAGCUUCAACUGAAAAGAGGAAACUUCAAGCUGAAGAAACAGUUGUUAGCACCGAGCCAAUCAAACGUCAACGUCGAUGGACUGCAGACAGUGGCAAAGUCCCAGAGAGACAACCAUUGAAUCAAAGUGAUUCUGAUGCUCCUAAGGAAAUAUUUCAGCCUGCAUUAAAACGUUCUUUUGGCAGGUCUGAUUCAACAGCAAGUGGAGAUUCUCCGAAGGAGCGGAUUGUGCCACCAUCACAGAAACCUGCAACAACUUCCUUGAGAAUCGACCGAUUUGUACGCCCCUUUACCCUGAGAGCUGUGCAAGAGCUUCUUAGUAAAACUGGAUCUGUUUGUAGCUUCUGGAUGGAUCAUAUCAAGACCCACUGCUAUGUUACAUUCUCCUCGGUGGAGGAAGCUACUGCUACUCGCAAUGCUGUCUACAACCUGCAGUGGCCCCCGAACAAUGGCAAUCAUUUGUUAGCUGAAUUUGUUGAUCCCCAGGAAGUGAAGCUCAAGCUUGAACCCCCUCCCCCAGCAGCAGCUGCGGUGGCAGCUCCUAUUAGCCCAGCCACUACGCCAAAGGCGCCUCCAUUUCAACAAGCUCAGGCUAAUCAAAGUGUGCCUCGCCAAGCUACAACACCAAGAGAGCAAUUGCCGCCUCCACCACCCCUUAUGAAGCCUCCUACAUCUGACCCGGCAUCAGCAAGGGACAAGCUCCCGCCCACCCCAAAGAAGCCAGAGCCUCCUGUUGUGACACUUGAUGAUCUCUUCAGGAAGACCCAAUCCUCUCCAAGGAUUUACUAUCUGCCUUUAUCAGACGAGGAGGUAUCAGCUAAGCUUGCUGCACAGGGCAAAGCAAAAUAGAGUGCUCUCUAAAUCAUCUUUUUUGCAGUUAUGUAGAAGCAGCAACUUGUAUUUUCUGCAAAGACUUAUAUUUGAUCUCCAUCUAGAUUGUAUGUCCGUCUGACUAAAGUUGCUUUGGAGUGCUGAGAUACUGGUUUUAGUUUUGAACAUUCGGUAGCCCUUGAUAUCCUCGUCUUGUUCUAGUUUUGCACAUCCGGGAGUCCUUGAUAUGCCACCAUCCCGGUCUUGUUUUAGUGAAUAAACAUUCUUGAGAAUGCUUAUCCGUGUCACAUUCCCAUUCAAACCUCUCCGGUUGUGUGCUUUA